AUGACCACCUGCGACCGGUCCCAGAAUCUGGUCCCUGACCUGAACGGCUGGUGCCGGGACCGCGCCUGCGACCCGAUUCUGGACCAGGACAUUUGCUGUGUACCAGCUGCCUUCUGCGACGGGAUGCAGUGCUUGCCCGGCUACGUCUCGAAGCUCAACGCUGCUGAGAUCCAGUGUCCCAACAGCAUUUGCUUCCCGGACAGCGACCGCGACCUCUGUUGCGAGCAACAAGGGCUGUGUUCGGAUCUGCCCUACACCAGCGCCGAUUGUGCCACCGGAACGUACUUCAAUUUCGAUGCCUUGUGUCAGCAAAAGCAAUGCAACAACGUGACGGAUCUCUGGACGUGUUGCCAGCCUGCGAUGCGCUGCGAUUUGGGGCUGAACUGCUCCCAUGGCUACGUGGAGAAACCGGAGUACGCCGAGACCUACUGCUUGGCUCCAGACUGCAACCUUCUGGAUCAUCUCCUGGUGUGUUGCGACCCUGCAGCGCCAUGCUCUGACAUCACCUGUGGCCAUGGCUACUACCAGCUGAGCGACACCUACUGCAGCGGCACCAGCUGCAAUGAGACCUUGGACUUUGAUCAUUGUUGUUUGGAUUCCGCCACCUGCUCCACUCUCGCGGACCAAAGCUGUCCGUAUGGCUAUUGGUUCGACUCCCCGGAGCGCUGCGUCCGAGACCCCUGCGUGGACAGCGACCGCUUCCCGGGCGAUUGCUGCAAGCCCUCGGAGCCCUGCGCGUCGCUGACCUGUCCGCAUGGCAGUGUCUACAAAACCAACUAUGCUUCUCUGACCUGCUUGCUGGAUGUGUGCAACAUGACGAUCGAUUUGGAUCGUUGCUGCGACGUCGCUGCCCAUUGUGAUACCUUGGACUGCGGCCAUGGCUACACGCCGGACCCUACGGCCAACGACACCUACUGCCCGGCCACCUCUUGUGACAUCAACCGAGACCGUGACCUCUGCUGUGAAGCUGCACCGCUGUGUGCCACAGCCUUCACGUGCCCCCACGGCUUCACGCCGUGGCCGGACACCUACUGCGACGGGAUCUUUUGCGAUGACACCCGAGAUCGGGACAUUUGUUGUCGUCCUGCCAUGUCGUGCACGGCCUUGGCCUGUCCUUUGAACUAUGUCACGCGCUUCGACGCCUACUGCGACGGCAUCUCCUGUGACUUCACCCGGGACCUGAACUGGUGCUGCGAGCGUGGCAUGGCCCUGAUGUACUACAAGUUCGUGCCUUUGGACCUGCGACAGAGUGGCUACACGGUAGUUCAGAUGUCCGACUUCUACAUCUACAACCAGCAGGUCGAAGUGGAUGGCUUUGAUCAAGCGGUCUUCUAUUGCGACCCGUGCAACACCCCAGUGAACGGCCAAGAAGAUCCGCCCAACUUGGGCGACGGCAACGGGGACACCAAAUGGCUGGACUACACCAUGAAUCCCUUCUUCGUAAGGAUCCCUUCGCCACAGCCCAUCUUCAGCUAUAGCUUCGUCACCGGGAACGAUGAGCCGAUCCGCGACCCGUGGCUUUGGCAGCUGUGGGGCUCGCCCAAUAGCGUGGACUGGGUGAUCCUGCAUGAGGUGAGUGAUCCCAAUCACAACCUGGUGCCACUGGAGAGGAAGACCUCCACCGGGCAGAUCAGCAUCGAGGUGCCAUGCUUCUCGCCCAUGCAGGUGCACAUUUCCAACGCCGCCAAUAUCACCUGCGAGGAAGGGGAUCUCAUUCGCCACAACACCAACUGCACCCCGGUGUGCGAGGAAGGCUUCACAGCAGACCUGGACAGCCUUCUUUGCCAGGCUGGCGAGCUCACCCCGGCCUUGUUCGCGUGCGCUUGA